AAUCAUGGCUGCUUAUGGAGCUCUGGUUUCUCUUAUGCAUAUCAUCAAUACCCUCGAGAAACAUCCUUCCCCUCCCAUUUCUAUCGACGAAACACAAGUUCAAUCCCUCACUCAAAACAUUACCUUCUUGCAGGAUUUUCUUGAUGGCUAUAUUUCCCCUUUUGCUGAGAGCCACGAAGCUGAUCCAUUGGAGCGUCGCAUUGCUGAUGCAGUUUACGCGGCUGAGGAUGUUAUCGAAUCCCAUAUUGUCGAUCAAAUUCACAAUGGAUGCAUAAUCGUUGAAGAUCAUGACUUCUAUCACAAUCUUCAGAAAGUGAUAGAAGAAAUGGAUCUGAUCAACAAAGAGGUGAUGAGCAUUGCAAUUGAAGCUCAGACCAAGCAGAAACCCGUUGCUGCCUUGUCGGAGUCUUCUCCCACUGUGAAAGAAAACGUGAUCGUGGGCUCUAAAGAAGUGUUUUUUGAAGUUCUAGAUAAGCUCGCUGGAAAUCAACUCAACCUCCAAAUCAUCCCCAUCACGGGGAUGGGUGGAAUUGUGACGAUAGUGACAUUGUCAUUAUGGAGAAUCUGCAAACACUCAAAGGAGUUGUGGAUUCGUUAUUGAAUGAGGAUGUGGUUAAAAGAAUUCCCAAUGUGAAGAAA